AUGUUGGCCAUUUUCGACAAAAACGUGGCGAAAGCUUCCGAAGCUUUACAGAGUCAGGAAGGUUGUUUGGUUUGUGCUCUUAAAGAUGGGCUCUUGCCUAACCACUUUGCCUCCGUCUAUCCUGGUGCCGUCACCAUUAAUCUUGCAUCUUCUGGUCUCAUCGCUUGCUCCCUCGACAAGCAGAACCCUCUUCUUCCCAGCCUUCGUUGGGGAUAG